GGCGGAAGUCAGCAAUGGGAGACGUCAUUUGUGUGAGCAGUAAACAGAAGUGAGGGGAAGCAGUUGUCGUGUCAAAACAUGGUAGUGUUGUUUCUCCUUUUCACAAAGAGGUUCGACAACUUCAUUUUUUUUUUAUAAACACAAACGCUAAAUUAAGAGAAGAUCGGCGGGCCAUGGCUACCGGAGGUGAGGCAGCAUCAAAUGUAGAAAGACGAGCUUCGAACUUCGCUCACUCGGGAGCAGGCAGGAAUUCAGCGGCAGCGCCUGGUGCAGCUGCCCCUGCUUCUCCGUCGCUGGGCCUUCACAGGGAGCCCAUGUACAACUGGCAAGCCACGAAGAGCUCCGUGAAAGAGCGGUUCGCUUUUCUGUUCAACAACGAACUGCUGAGCGACGUAAGGUUCAUUGUAGGUAAGGGGAGGCUAGCUCAGAGGAUCCCUGCUCACAAGUUUGUGCUAGCGGCUGGCAGCGCUGUUUUUGACGCCAUGUUCAACGGAGGCAUGGCAACUACCUCUACUGAGAUCGAUCUGCCUGAUGUGGAAGCCGCUGCUUUCCUCGCAUUGCUAAGGUUUCUUUAUUCAGAUGAAGUUCAUAUAGGUCCAGAGACAGUUAUGACCACCCUUUACACUGCCAAAAAGUAUGCAGUCCCUGCACUGGAAGCACACUGUGUAGAUUUUCUCACCAAACAUCUCCGAGCUGAUAAUGCUUUCAUGCUUCUUACUCAGGCUAGGUUGUUUGAUGAACCUCAGCUUGCCAGCCUUUGCUUGGAUACAAUAGACAAAAGUACAGGAGAUGCAGUUAGUGCAGAAGGCUUCACAGAUAUUGACUUGGAUACACUCUGUGCAGUGCUGGAAAGAGACACACUGGGGAUUCGGGAGAGUAGGCUCUUUGCUGCUGUUGUGCGCUGGGCUGAAGCAGAAUGUUACAGACAAGAGCUUCCACUAACUUCAGAAAACAAGCAGAAAGUGCUGGGGAAAGCGUUAGCGCUCAUUCGUUUCCCCCUGAUGACCGUGGAGGAGUUUGCAGCAGGGCCUGCCCAGUCUGGGAUUUUGUUCGAUCGGGAGGUGGUAAAUCUGUUUUUACACUUUACAGUAAACCCCAAACCCCGGGUUGACUACAUUGACAGGCCACGAUGUUGUCUCAGGGGGAAAGAAUGCAGCAUUAAUAGAUUCCAGCAAGUAGAGAGUCGCUGGGGAUAUAGUGGAACCAGUGACAGAAUAAGGUUUACCGUUAGUAGAAGAAUAUCUAUAGUGGGCUUUGGUCUCUAUGGAUCUAUUCACGGACCAACUGAUUAUCAGGUCAAUAUACAGAUUAUUGAAAGUGACAAAAACCAGACACUAGGACAAAAUGACACAGGGUUUAGUUGUGAUGGAACAGCUAACACGUUCAGAGUAAUGUUUAAGGAGCCUAUAGAGAUUAUACCGAAUGUCAGCUAUACGGCAUGCGCAACUCUUAAGGGUCCUGAUUCACACUAUGGUACCAAAGGGUUAAAGAAAGUGAUUCAUGAAUCUGCAACAGGAACCAAGACCUGUUUUUUAUUCUUCAGUUCACCUGGAAAUAACAAUGGCACUUCCGUGGAGGAUGGACAGAUUCCAGAGAUAAUCUUCUACACAUAGACCUUGGAAUUAAAAUAGCUCAUCUUGAUUGGCGGUAUAAAGGGGAGCAUGUUGCAUCUUAACAUAUUACAAAGAGGAUACAAAAAAAAUAAUUGGCAAAAUGGAGUACAGGUGACAACGUUUUACAAAACUGGAGAUUUCUUCAAGCAAAAAGUAGCACUUUUUUGUUAGUACUGUGUUCGUUGAUUUAACCCAUACAGCAAAAGAAGAAACGUAUGCUAUAAAUUGAUGAACAUGGAAAACGCCUGCGACUAAUGUUCAGUUUUUUGUGGGUUCUGUUUAAACCCGACACAUCUCAGGCCUGGGGAUUCCUACGGUUUGUUACAAUUGUUGCCUCGCUGUAUGGAUUUCAUACACAUAUAGCUGUAUCAUUUAACCAAGCUUGCUGUACAUUUAAGAAUGAAAACAAACCUGUAUUCAUCUUAACUGGAGUGAUAUUAUUAUUAUUAUUAUUAUUAUUAUUAUUAUUAUAUAAAGAUUACUUGUAUAAAGAUAGUCGUAAUCAGCUUUUUAACCUUAUUUAUAGCCAAAUGAAUCCUUAACAUAACAUGGUCAGUGUUUUUGUUUGUCAGCAUCCUGAAGCAAUGAAACACCCAUGUUAUAAAGCACUACAGGACUUUAGUGAGCAUUGUCUUUACCGUAGUAGUUUUGUGCAUGCUCCUCUGCUAUAAAACUAAGAAAGACUUCAUAUCUAUUACAUGUGCUUGUAUGUAAGUGAAACUUUGUACAUGCUGACUUUUCACGGGUGUUAUUAAGCAUUGUCUGCAUAGAUACUGCCUUUUAGCUAAAUGGACCUUUAAAUAUUAGUGUACAAUUUAAAAAGAAAAAUGACCACUGAUGUUUAUUCUUCCAGUGCUGAUGCAGAACGCAACAUUUUGUUUUAAAAAGACCAGAAAUAAUAAAUGUUAAUUAAGAAAUAAAGAAUGGUGUAUUUUAACAUUGAAAAAAAAAGUUUUAAACAAGGUGACCAUGUACCAAGUUAAUGCCUUCUGUGCACUGUAAGUAAUACACCAUUUGUGAGGGACUGUUAAAAGGGUUUCAUAUACGUACUGUAGCAAAGUGGUUUUGCACCACACUGGUUUCUGUUGUGUUACAUUGACAGCCGUAUCUGUUUCCUGUCCAGCAGCCAUAUCUCCACUAUGGAAACAAUCUGUAAACUGAUCCCAGUGGUGGUGUUUUGUUUAACUGUACUUGCUUUAGAUCCAUGUUGGUCAAUACUAGGGAUUAGGACCUGCCAGGCAACAUUCAUUGUUGGUGGACACUUUUUUUUAUUUCUUUAAAUGCAAUAAUAUUGUUUAAAAAAAAAAAAAGAAAAGCAUUUACGGUUACAGUACCAUAUUGUUAUUAAGUUUUUCAAAUGACAGUAUUCUUCAAUAGUUGUACAAUUAUAUUGUUUAGUUUAAAAAAAAAAACUAUCAUGUGGGGAUGUCUGAUUGUCUUUGCAUCACAAAUGUUCUUAACAUUUCCAUGUAUUUCUGGAAUGAUUUCAUUUGCAGUUGGUGCUUUCAUCCUCAUGAAGAUUCAUGGUGGUCUUUAUACCUCCUGAGCAGCUGCACUGCAUGGCUGUGCUUGUACCUCAGGGAUUCCUGCAGUGGUGUAUUACCCCACCUGGAAAUGAAAGGUCAGGUGUUGCUUUUAUUUUGGAGUAGCUCUUACAAUAAUAAUUUCAAGUAAACAUACGACCAGGCUUUGAACAUUCUUUAGCACACGUUAGUGACAGUACGAGAGUCACUGGCUGUAAGGAGGUACCUGGCUCAUCUGACUUCACCUAAGUAACUAGCAUUGAAAUACAAGUUACCUGUCAGUGGCCAUGUGGUCUGCUCCAGCAUUUUCUAUAAGGAAUUUUAUAACUUCAAGGUGCCCUUCAGAGGCAGCAACAUGCAGGGCAGACCUGCCAUCGUAGUCAACAGAAUUGACAUCCGCUCCCGACAGCAAGUAUCUGAAAACAAAUAUGUUCUAUUUAAUUGUCUUUAUCUGAUUUAUGGUACAAGUUAUAAAUAACACAUGCAACACUCAGACAUAAGAACUAACAAAUAGCCCAAUUAAGCAACUGAUGGAGCCUUGCAAACAGCUUUCCUUAGAGGGUAAAGUAAACAUAUGCAUAUUAAACUAUUCCCUUACUAAUCACUGACACCCGCACUGUUGAGCUGAUAGCGUGGCUAUAUGGACUUACCUUCGCAGCGAGCGCACAUCUCCUCUAUAAGCUGCCAGCAAUACAUUCAUUAUCUGGUACCCCUUUACAAUUAAAGCAGAAACAAAGUGUUGUUAUUAUUAUUAUUAUUAUUAUUAUUAUUAUUUGUUUAUAUGCCUGACCCAAAAUCAUUUCUAAUACUUUUUUAAGGUUAUUUUUUAAUGAUUUGCAUUCGCAGAUACUGGCUUUAGUUUGUAACAUUGCGUCUGUAGGUUGGAGAACUCACUCAUAUUAUUUCAGGUCAGCCAAGGCCGCAUUUAAAGAGUAUGAAUAGAAAGUUUUCUGUUUCAGGUUUAUGUAUUGAAAACUAGUGGGGGAAGCUGUAUGUACAAGUUGUUUAAUUGAUUGUAAUAAAAAUCCAAGAUAAGG